UUUUAUUCCUAACACAUUGACUAGUGGCCGUUGUGACUCGGAAAUCCCACAGCCCAGCUCUCGCUGAAGUUGCACUCAUCAGUGCUUGGGUUGCCUUUGAUGUCAUCACCAGAUUCGCCAUGUUUGAGCGGAGCCGAACCAUUGCCACUUUCCCAAGAGAAUAUCUGCAAUCCUGGAUUCUUCUGCCCGAACAAUACCGAAUCGUCCCCUGCACAAUACUGUCCACCUACUCCGGACUGUCUCCUCACUCGGUUGCAACUUGUGAGAAAUAUAUGCGAUGGUCCUCAGGGCAUAUAUGAGCCGGUAGCGUGUCCACGAGGAUACUUUUGUGCUCCCGGGGGCAAGGAGGUGAGGCUGUGCCCCCAAGGGCACUUUUGCCCUUUAGGGACUGUGGUGCCAUUUCCGUGUGGCCCUACUUCAGUAUGUCCACAAGGCUCGGACAGAGAGUUCAUUUUGGAUGGCUUCAUAGCCAUUCUUAUAAUCGACCUCCUUUUCCUAGCUAUUGUACUCAAGCCUUACUUCAAAGCUCGCUUUCGCAGUUGGUCAACUACACCUGAUGGUAAAAGAAGUAAGGAGGAAAGCGAUUGUAAUCUCGAUCUUGAAUCAUCCCGGCUCGACAAAAGUGCCAUUCGCCAUCGAAUGCAGCGCGUUGGUCUAACGAACGAAGACUUUAACUGGGCACCCGACAUGAUGCCGAAGUUCGUGGCCUUAGUAAAAAGUUGUGUUGGUUCAAGUGAGAUAGGAUUCUCCUUCGGCUUCGAACAGCUUUCCUUGACCCUUGCGAAUGGGAAGAGACUUAUCGCUCCCCAAUCCGGCUCAAUUUCCCAGGGCAGUGUAUGGUGUGUCAUGGGUCCAUCGGGUGCGGGCAAGACCAGUUUUGUCAACUUGUUGAUGGGAAAAACUUCACGGACGACCGGUCGCCUUUACGUCAAUGGUGUGCCGUCACAAAUUACGAAGUUUAAGAAAUUAAUAGGAUACGUUCCACAAGAUGACGUGAUUGUACCGGAAUGCACAGUACGCGAAAACAUAAUGCAUUCAGCGAUGAUCCGACUGCCUCGUACCUGGACCGAUACGCAGCGCAUCGAACUUGUUGACACUCUGCUGUCUUGUCUCAAUCUUGUCGAAGUUCAGCACAACAUCGUGGGCGACGAAAUCUCUUCAUAUAUUUCAGGCGGCCAACGAAAAAGGGUAAGCAUAGGUAUCGAGCUAGCCGCUGCCCCUAUGGCUCUCUUCUUAGACGAACCGACAUCUGGACUGGAUGCAACAACUUCGUUGUCUAUCAUGAGAUUGCUCCAGAACUUAUCCAAACAAGGCGUCACCGUAAUUUGCAUCCUACAUCAACCGCGACCGGAGAUCCUCGAUCACAUCGACGGAAUUACUCUUCUUGGAAAUGGCCACCAGAUCUACCAUGACCAAAUGAGUGGCCUCGCUGACUAUUUCCGCACGCUUGGUUUUGAUAUCUCCAGCCGAACCAAUAUCGCUGAUGCAGCCUUGGAUAUCAUAUCUGGUGGUUCAGCCAUGUACCAUAAGUCCGGCCAAAGCUUCACAGCCGAGUCGCUGGCCAAUGUAUGGGAGAGCUACCCUGCAAGAUCGCCGCAGAGUCUUUCCAGCUACGGACAGGACAUUUCGUCUAGAGAACAACUAGAAUCCAUGAAUCGCUCAAUCUACGGCAGGGGACUCCCAAGGCAUCGGCAAGUUUACCUUUGUUUUCUGCGUUCCCUGAAGCAACAACUAGUGCGAUGGAACAGCUUCGGCCUCGAGGUUGUGGUCGGUGCAGUUGCUGGACUACUCAUUGGGUUGUCGUUAUAUCAACUGCGGGGCCAGCACUUCCAGGGCGCUUACUAUUCGCCAUUUCAAAUCCUUUCCAGCGCCUUGAACUACACUACUGUUCCAGAAAUAGGACUCUUGUGCAAUACGGCAAUAGGUCUAGCUUCCGCUGCCCCGGGCGUGAAGAUAUUCGGGGAGGAAAAGCAGGUAUACCAGCGUGAGGCGAGUGCGGGCCACUCUCGCUUGGCGUACUACCUAGGCAAGACGAUUUCGGCCAUUCCACGUAUUGCCAUAUCCGCUAUGCACUUUACCGCAUUCUACUGCAUCUUAGCGACGCCCUGGAUGUCUUUUUGGAAGAUAUAUCUGACGAACUUGUUGUAUUUCUACUGCAUAUACGGACUUGCUUCGGCCGUGUCCAUGAUGGUUCGCAGAGAGGAUGGGCCUCUACUGGCCAUGAUCGUAAGCUUGAUCAUCGGCGUCUUUGGUGGGUAUGGCCCACCGCUUUACAACGUGAAAGAAUGGCACCUAGAAUGGUUCUGGCGUCUAUGUCCAGGAAUUUGGUUCACUGAGGCGUAUUUCGACCAACAUCUAGCUAGAGUGGUUCAUCUUUACGAUUUAGAUGCGGCGGCGAACUGGACUGGCUACGUCAGGGGACGCUUUAGCAUUGAUAUAACCCUCCUUUUCAUUAUUGGCACCGUUUAUCGCAUGGCCGCUUAUGGAGGUCUUAUCUUCUUCAAUCGUUAAAAAAAGGUUUGUGGUAAACGCCGAUGAGUCAAAAAGAGAGCCAUUGUAUAAUGUUAGCUUAUUGUGUAUCGAAGUAUAUGCCUUUGCCAUUCUUAACUGAAUGAGACAUGGCUAGUAUAAAGCGUUUAUUGACCAUUGUUGAUAUCACGGCAGGUCGAAUUAAUAUCACUUUUAUGCUGUGUCUAGACUAUUUCUCUAAAAACAUAAAUACGGUGUUCGCAGGACGUUUGCUACUUUUAUGUUUGCUAUUGUUUAUUAGAAAAUACAUAUCAUGACUGAG